GGAAAUUACAAGGCAAAACAAACUGGCACAUUGUAUUUGUACGUUGUACCAUAUUGUACAACCCAUUGAAACCUCGCUUAAAUACCCUCCUAAGAUGUAAAACCCUAAUCAAAUUCAAACCCUUACGCCGAGAAUUUGACUGCAAGAGAGUGAGAAAAUGGGGAAGAGUGUAAAGAGAGAAGCAGGGCAAGCUGAUGCAUCCAUGGUGAGUGGCGGUUCUGAAAAGCACACGAAAAGGAAGAGGAAAAACACGGAAAAAGGGGAAGAAUCAAUAAACAACUCAGUACCUUUAGCAACUAAAAAGCCCACCAUCACCAUUGCUCUUCCUGGCUCCAUUAUCGACAACGCUCAGUCUCUUGAGCUUGCGACCCGCUUAGCCGGACAGAUUGCACGCGCUGCUACAAUUUUUCGUAUUGAUGAGGUGGUUAUAUUUGAUAACAAGAGUGUAUCCAGGGAUGUAUCAGCUGAAACAUUGGAGAAUGAUUUGGGCGAGGAUGAGAGUGGUGCUGCUUUUCUUGUGAGAAUCUUGAGGUAUCUUGAGACUCCACAGUAUCUGAGAAAGAGUCUUUUCCCAAAACAUAACAGUUUGAGAUUUGUGGGACUUUUGCCCCCACUCGAUGCUCCACACCAUCUGCGCAAGCAUGAAUGGGCUUCUUACAGGGAAGGUAGCAUUCUGACCCUUCACUGUAUCACACUGGAAAAGGUAGAUCAGGGUUCUGUGGGGACACUUGUUGAUGUGGGUCUCAGCAAGAAUGUUAUAAUCGAUCAAGUUCUUGAACGUGGAAGAAGAGUUACAGUGGAUAUGGGGACAGAUCGUAAUCUAGAUGCAGGUCCACGGAAAAUUGUCUCUUCUUUGACGCCUAUGGAAAAGGGUAUGUACUGGGGAUAUAAGGUCCGAUAUGCUCCAAAUUUUAGUUCUCUGUUCAACAACUGCCCAUACCAGGGAGGGUAUGAUUACCGAAUCGGUACCUCAGAACAUGGGGUAGCUUUUAAACCUUCGAAGCUUGCUCUACCAUCAUUCAAGCAUCUUUUGAUUGCUUUUGGUGGACUUGCUGGGUUGGAAGAGUGUGUUGAAGAAGACGCAAAUCUGAAGGGGAAAGAUGUUCACAGCAUAUUUGACUCGUAUCUAAAUACUUGUCCCAAUCAAGGGAGCAGAACUAUUCGGACAGAGAUCCAAUUAGACGUGCUUCGAAGAGGCAUAAAUAUGAGUGCGAACCUCUAUAGUUUGAACCUGGCAAAAGGCUGGAACAAGAUGACAUCCUGCAAUAAGACAGUUGAUGGGUUCUGGCAGGUCAUCGAAAUCAAGUUGGGUUAUGUUCAGCCUACAAAUUUGUGA